UAUUUCCGUGCAGGCCCCCGGCUGCCAUUUUGUUGUCUGACUUGUUGGCUGAGGCGCGGUGCUGUAGUUAGCAGGAACCCAGCGUAGAUACGUUCUCCGGCAAUGGACGGCAUUGUCAGUGAUGUUGCUGUUGGAGUGAAGAGAGGCUCAGACGAGCUGCUGUCAGGCAGCCACUACACCAGUCCGAGCACUGGUAUGAGUGGGAUUGUAACUGCUAAUGGAAAUGAUAGCAAGAAACUGAGAGUGGAAGACAGAAUGGACGCCACCCCUUCCCGUGUCCUCCACAUAAGGAAGCUGCCCAAUGAAGUUUCCGAGACGGAGGUCAUCGCCUUGGGCUUACCUUUUGGGAAGGUCACCAAUAUCCUGAUGCUUAAGGGAAAGAAUCAGGCAUUCCUGGAGCUGGGGACAGAGGAAGCCGCCAUUACCAUGGUGAAUUAUUACACGGCCGUGACACCUCAUGUCCGCAACGUCCCCGUCUUCAUCCAGUACUCCAAUCACAAAGAGCUGAAGACCGAUAAUGCCCUCAACCAGCGUGCACAAGCGGUCCUCCAGGCCGUCACAGCUGUCCAGGCAGGAGGCACCCCGACGUCGGGGACGACGGCCAGCGAGAGUGCGCUGACGCCGGCGCCCAGCCCCGUGCUGCGGAUAAUCAUCGACAAUAUGUUCUAUCCUGUCACCCUGGACGUCCUUCAACAGAUCUUUUCCAAGUUCGGAACGGUCAUGAAGAUCAUCACGUUCACCAAGAACAAUCAGUUUCAAGCCCUGCUGCAGUUCAGCGACCCCGUGAACGCCCAGCAAGCAAAGCUGUCCUUGGAUGGCCAGAACAUCUACAAUGCCUGUUGCACGCUGCGCAUUGACUUCUCUAAGCUGGUCAACCUUAAUGUCAAGUACAACAACGACAAGAGCCGGGACUACACCAGGCCGGAGCUUCCUGCCGGAGACGGACAGCCCUCCGUCGAUCCCACUGCGGCAGCCGGCUUCAGCAAGGAUACCUCCUCCCUGCUCGGAACUCCAUCUGGAAUGGUGACUCCCUACACCAGUGGCGCGGCAUUCCCAUCCACCCUCAGCUUUGCACAGAGCGGAGGGGCUCUGAGUCCGCUGAGCGCCGCGGCGGCAGCGGCGGCUGCAGCCGGGAGGGUGGCGCUGUCUGGUCACACGGGCAGCGGCGGUGUGCUGCUAGUCAGCAACCUCAAUGAGGAGAUGGUUACGCCCCAAAGUCUGUUUACCCUCUUCGGAGUUUACGGCGAUGCGCAGCGUGUGAAGAUACUAUACAAUAAAAAAGACAGCGCGCUCAUACAAAUGGCCGACGCCAAUCAAGCACAGCUUGCCAUGAGUCAUCUGAAUGGCCAGAAGAUGUACGGAAAGAUAAUCCGGGUGACUCUGUCGAAACAUCAGACGGUGCAGCUGCCCAGGGAAGGUCUGGACGACCAGGGGCUCACAAAGGACUUCACUAAUUCCCCUCUGCAUCGAUUCAAGAAGCCCGGCUCGAAAAACUUCCAGAACAUCUUUCCGCCGUCUGCCACUCUCCACCUUUCCAACAUCCCACAAAAUGUAACUGAAGAUGACCUCCGACUGCUGUUCUCGAAUUCCGGUGGCACUGUGAAAGCAUUUAAGUUUUUCCAAGACCACAGAAUGGCACUGCUGCAGAUGUCAACGGUGGAAGAAGCGAUCCAGGCCUUGAUCGACCUCCACAAUUACAACAUGGGUGACAACCAUCACUUGAGGGUCUCCUUCUCGAAGUCGACUAUCUGAAGCAGUUGAGAGUGGCUCCUCUUAAUGCUUUCGAGUGGCGUUACCUGUUGACAGUUUCUCCAUACUGGGGACCACCAUUUUGGCUCUUGUGUUCUUUGUUUUUUUUUUUUUUUUCCUUUUUUUUUUUCCUUUUGUUUGUUCAGUCAUUCCUUAAUAUGACGGAUUCUGAAAAAAAAAAUAAUUUGGAGAGAUACUGCUCUGCUUUGGAGAUACUGUCCUCAUUUGUCUGUUAGGCAAGCCAUUAACUCUUUCUAUUUCUUCAAAAGAAGGAUGGAAAUCUUUUUAUUAGUGAGUUGAAAAGACACGUGCCUUACUUAUACAGCACCAACACUUCAGUUUUUGCAUUUAAGUAGGUUAUAUCUGUUUAGGCACAUUGUUUCUUAUGGUCUGUGGGGUGGAUUUGUUUAAAUGUCUCCUGUCUCCCUCUGUGUCUGUUAUUUGACAUGCUUCCCCCUUAAGUGUAGACCAUUAACUCCUAGAAUUCAAUUUUUUUGUGAAUUUUUUCUUUUUGUUUUAGCAAAGUUCAUAUGAGGAGUAAGGACCCACAUAGCACCAGGCCUGAAUGGUUUGUGAGGAAACAGUGAGUUUAACGUCAUUUAUUUUCCAGUCAGCCAAAGGUAAAGCUUUAACCUCCAUCGAGAUCGAGUAACAUCAAACUAAUCUCUUCUGGUUUACACGGUGUUUUUCACUGGCAGUGGAUACAGUACAGUCGUUGCCUGUUUUGACUUGAUGUUACUUUUAGAUGUUCUUCAACCUUACUUGUGGAUCUGUGUUCGAUUUGCCAUUUUCCAUUUGUGUUUGAGGACUGAGAAAUGGCUGUAAAAUUCUGAGCAUGUGCUGGAGAAGCCACCUAGUUUUUCAUGGAUAAGUGUGUUAGAGUUAACAGAGGUGAGGUAAGCAGUAUGGUAAGACCACAGUGAGGGCUGGCGUGACGCGGCCAGUUACCUGACCAGGACGACCUGUUGGGACCAAAGUUUCUGUGCCUUUAGUCUUAUUUUACAUUUCAUUGCAAUUUUUUUUAAACUUUUAAAGUUUUGUAUGUUAAAAAAAAUAUAGAAAAAUCAAAACCUUUUCUUACAAUCAUCUCAUAGCACCUAAAACUUAAUUCUUCAGAUGGGUACUCUAUUGCUGUCCUCCUAUUUUUUUUCUCCAAGACCGACUAUACCCCCAUCCCUUCAAAAAGAGAGGGAUGAGUGAUGUUUGAGGGUGGGCCGGGAGAGGGGGGUAUGCAAAUUUUCCACAUUGGCUGAAUUUUAACAUCUUCAGAAAUGUAACAUUGAGAAUAGUUUGGAAGUGGCACAAUUAAAAGUUCCUUUUUUAACAAGUU